AUGAGCAGAGGAGCUUUGGAGGACCAGCCAGAGGACUACCAGACGGGCAUAGCCACUUUGGUGGAUGACCAGGAAGAUGAGGAUGUAGCUGGAUCCUUCUUGGGUUCUGCAACCGAGACGGGACCCCACCGGAAGACAGCCAUGGAGAAGGGAUCCCUCUGGACUGUGUGCAGAUUUGAGUCAUUGAAUGUCUUUAAACUUUGGUUUCUCCACAGAGGUCAGCAGCAGAGCUCUGAGGUUCAGUCCACCCAGCAGCUUCAAACACACCUGGACUCCAUAUUUAUGCUGCUGGAGGAGAACAUCGUGACUUUUGUGAAGAACGAGCUGAAGAAAAUCAAGAGAGUUGUGAGUCCAGAUUACCCAGAAUGCUUAGAGAGUCAGAGUGAGGACGAGGAGGUGUUGGACAGUGAGGAUGAAGAGCAGAGGAGGAGUAGCAGAGAGGCAUUUCUGAAGAUCACAGUGCACCUCCUGAGGAGAAUGAAGCAGGAGGAGCUGGCUGACUGUCUGCAGAGCAGACUUCUUGCUGCAGUUUGUCAGCGUGAACUCAAAUCUAACCUGAAGCAGAAGUUCCAGUGUGUGUUUGAGGGGAUCGCUAAAGCAGGAAACCCAACCCUUCUGAAGCAGAUCUACACAGAGCUCUACAUCACAGAGGGAGGGACUGCAGAGGUCAAUGAUGAACAUGAGGUCAGACAGAUUGAAACAGCAUCCAGGAAACCAGACAGACCAGAAACAACCAUCAGACAAGAAGACAUCUUUAAAGCCUCACCUGGAAGAGAGGAACCAAUCAGAACAGUGAUGACAAAGGGAGUGGCUGGCAUUGGGAAAACAGUCUUAACACAGAAGUUCACUCUGGACUGGGCUGAAGACAAAGCCAACCAGGACAUACAGUUCACAUUUCCAUUCACCUUCAGAGAGCUGAAUGUGCUGAAAGAGAAAAAGUUCAGCUUGGUGGAACUUGUUCAUCACUUCUUCUCUGAAACCAAAGAAGCAGGAAUCUGCAGGUUUGAAGAGUUCCCGGUUGUGUUCAUCUUUGACGGUCUGGAUGAGUGUCGACUUCCUCUGGACUUCCACAACAAUGAGAUCCUGACUGAUGUUACAGAGUCCACCUCAGUGGAUGUGCUGCUGACAAACCUCAUCAGGGGGAAACUGCUUCCCUCUGCUCGCCUCUGGAUAACCACACGACCUGCAGCAGCCAAUCAGAUCCCUCCUGAGUGUGUUGGCAUGGUGACAGAGGUCAGAGGGUUCACUGACCCCCAGAAGGAGGGGUACUUCAGGAAGAGAUUUAGAAAUAAGAAGAAGGCCAGCAGGAUCAUCUCCCACAUCAAGAGCUCACGAAGCCUCCACAUCAUGUGCCACAUCCCAGUCUUCUGCUGGAUCACUGCUACAGUUCUGGAGGAUGUGUUGAAGACCAGAGAGGGAGGAGAGCUGCCCAAGACCCUGACUGAGAUGUACAUCCACUUCCUGGUGGUUCAGUCCAAACUGAAGAAGGUCAAGUAUGAUGGAGGAGCUGAGACAGAUCCACACUGGAGUCCAAAGAGCAGGAAGAUGACUAAGUCUCUGGGAAAACUGGCUUUUGAUCAGCUGCAGAAAGGAAACCUGAUCUUCUAUGAAUCCGACCUGACAGAGUGUGGCAUCGAUAUCAGAGCAGCCUCAGUGUACUCAGGAGUGUUCACACAGGUCUUUAGAGAGGAGAGAGGACUGUACCAGGACAAGGUGUUCUGCUUCGUCCAUCUGAGUGUUCAAGAGUUUUUGGCUGCUCUUCAUGUCCAUCUGACCUUCAUCAACUCUGGUGUCAACCUGAUGUCAGAAGAACAAACAACCUCCCAGUUGUCUAAAGUCUUUAGAGACAAACCUAAACCAAAACAUCUCUACCAGAGUGCUGUGGACAAGGCCUUACAGAGUCCAAAUGGACACCUGGACUUGUUCCUCCGCUUCCUCCUGGGUCUUUCACUGGAGACCAACCAGAGUCUCCUACGAGGUUUGCUGACACAGACAGAAAGUACCUCACAGACCAAUCAGAGAACAGUCCAGUACAUCAAGAAGAAGAUCAGUGAGAAUGUGUCUCCAGAGAAAAGCAUCAAUCUAUUCCACUGUCUGAAUGAACUGAAUGAUGGUUCUCUAGUGGAGGAGAUCCAACAGUCCCUGAGUUCAGGACGUCUCUCCACAGAUGAACUGUCUCCUGCUCAGUGGUCAGCUCUGGUCUUCAUCUUACUGUCAUCAGGAAAACAUCUGGACGUGUUUGACCUGAAGAAAUACUCUGCUUCAGAGGAGGCUCUUCUGAGGCUGCUGCCGGUGGUCAAAGCCUCCAACAAAGCUCUACUGAGAUGCUGUAACCUCUCAGAGAGAAGCUGUGAAGCUCUGUCUUCAGUUCUCAGCUUCCCGUCCUCUACUCUGAGAGAGCUGGACCUGAGUGAAAACUACCUGCAGGAUUCAGGAGUGAAGCUGCUGUCUGCUGGACUGGAGAGUCCACACUGUAGACUGGAAACCCUCGGUCUGUCAGGCUGUCAGGUCACAAAGAAAGGCUGUGCUUCUCUGGUCUCAGCUCUGAGGUCCAACCCCUCCCAUCUGAGAGAGCUGGACCUGAGCUACAAUCAUCCAGGAGACUCAGGAGUGAAGCUGCUGUCUGCUGGACUGGAGGAUCCACACUGGAAACUGGACUCUCUCAGGGUGGACCAUGGUGGACUGCACAGACUGAGACCUGGUAUCAAGAAGUAUGUCUGUGAACUGGAAGUGGACACAAACACAAUGAGCAGAAACCUCAAACUGUAUGACGACAAGAGGAAGGUGACAUGGGUGUCAGAGAAACAGUCGUAUCCUGAUCAUCCAGACAGAUUUGUUGACUUGUGUCAUCAGCUGCUGUGUAGAACUGGUCUGACUGGUCGCUGUUACUGGGAGGUGAAGUGGAGAGGACAGGUUCAUAUAGCAGUGUGUUACAGAGAAAUCCUCACCAGGGGACCGAACGGUGUUGGCUAUGUGUUUGGAGAAGAUCGUCAGUCCUGGAGCUUGUGGUGCUAUGAUGGUGGUUACUCUGUGAAGCACCGUAACAGAGAAACACACAUCACCUCCUCCUCCUCCUCCUCCUCCUCCUCCUCCUCUGGUAGAGUAGCAGUGUAUGUGGACUGUCCUGCUGGCUCUCUGUCCUUCUACAGAGUCUCCUCUGACACACUGAUCCACAUCCACACCUUCAACACCACAUUCACUAAACCUCUUUAUCCUGGCUUUAGGUGUAAGGUUUUUGGUUCCUCAGUGUCUCUGUAUCCUCUUCAGGUCUGA